UCAUGCUGCUGCCAGGUCCAGAGUGUCUCAUGGGUCCCUGUACGGCCUCCCAUUGCUGCUGUCUCCAUCGCCACACUCUGCCAUGUGCCACUUUCAGGUCUCCUCACACUGCUGGUGGGUUCCAUUUUGUCAUAGGGUGCUGGCAGAUUACGGGCCUCCCAUUGCUGCUGCCAGGCCCGUAAUCUGUCAUGGGCCCCUGUACCGCCUCCUCAUGCUGCUGCCAGGUCCAGAGUGUGUCAUGGGUCCCUGUACGGCCUCCCAUUGCUGCUGUCUCCAUCGCCACACUCUGCCAUGUGCCACUUUCAGGUCUCCUCACACUGCUGGUGGGUUCCAUUUUGUC